UGGUGCUUGUGCUCUUACUGUGUGAAUGAGACUGGUUUACAUGGGUGUGACCUCAAUGUGACAACGCAGGACUUUACAGUGACAGUCGACUUUAGACAGGUGGUGGACAUGUUAUAUUGAGGAAAAGAGAAUCUUCGCAUAGUCCACACAGACUGUACAACUUGAUGUGGUAACUUGACAAAGGCAGGACAGUGGUGCAACCAUGGUGAUCUUAGGAAAGGGUGAUCAUGUGUGGCUGGAGCCCGAGACUCGUGGGGAGUUCACUGUGGCCAUCGGGGCCCGGGUGCAGUUUUCCGAGUCAGGCAAGAUCAAAGUCAUCGAUGAUGAUGGCCGGGAACACUGGAUCGAUGGCAAGAGAAAUAUACGUCACAUGCAUGCAACCUCCAUAGAUGGCAUGGAGGACAUGAUAGGCCUGGGGGAUCUCAAUGAGGCCGGCAUACUUAGGAACUUGUUUAUUCGCUAUAUGGACAACUGUAUAUAUACAUACACAGGGUCAAUCCUUGUGGCGGUGAAUCCAUACCAGAUCCUACCUAUCUACACCAGUGAACAGAUACAGAUGUACCGAGACCGCAAGAUUGGGGAGCUGUCUCCUCACAUCUUCGCUAUUGCUGACAACUCAUACCACAACAUGAGACGCUAUCAACACGACCAGUGUGUCAUCAUCAGUGGAGAGUCUGGUGCAGGAAAGACAGAGAGCACCAAACUUAUUCUACAGUUCCUGGCAGCUAUCAGUGGACAACACUCUUGGAUAGAACAGCAGAUUCUAGAGGCCAACCCCAUCAUGGAAGCAUUUGGCAAUGCCAAAACCAUCCGAAAUGACAAUUCCAGUAGAUUUGGAAAAUACAUAGACAUUCACUUCAAUGAUAAAGGCGUGAUUGAGGGAGCUUGCAUAGAGCAGUACUUGCUGGAGAAGUCCCGUAUUGUGAACCAAGCUCAUGAUGAGCGCAACUACCAUAUCUUCUACUGCAUGCUGGCUGGCAUGAGCAAUGAGGACAAAGCCAAGCUGGAGCUGGUCGACGCCACCAGCUACUACUACCUUGUGCAGGGCGGAUCCAUUUAUUGUGAGGGUCGUGAUGAUGUGAAGGAGUACGCAUCAAUCCGUUCUGCCAUGAAGGUCCUGAUGUUCACAGAGCCUGAGAUGUGGUCCAUUCUGAAGAUUCUGGCCUCCCUACUUCACGUAGGCAAUGUCCGCUAUAUAACGGUAACUAUUGAGCUAGACAACAUUGAUGCCACAGAAAUCCAAGACAUUUCCUUCAUCAACAAAGCUGCUAGACUGCUGGAGGUGAGUGCCCAGGAUCUGGUAGAUGCUCUCACCACCAAAACUAUCUUCACACAAGGAGAGUCCGUCACUUCCACCAUGAGCAUCCAAUCAUCACUUGAUGUCCGUGAUGCCUUUGUCAAGGGUGUCUAUGGACGUAUGUUUGUGUGGAUAGUGGAUAAGAUUAAUAGUGCCAUUUUUAAGCCAAUGGAAAAGUCUGCCCAUUAUCGAAAGUCCAUUGGUGUCUUGGAUAUAUUCGGCUUCGAGAAUUUUGACACCAACAGCUUUGAACAACUCUGCAUCAACUUUGCCAAUGAGAACCUCCAACAGUUCUUUGUACGACACAUCUUUAAACUUGAGCAGCAAGAGUACAACAUCGAAGGCAUCAACUGGCAACAUAUAGAGUUUGUGGACAACCAGGACGCGCUGGACCUCAUUGCCAUCAAGCCCAUGAACAUCAUGGCCCUCGUUGACGAGGAAAGCAAGUUCCCUAGGGGGACUGACCAGACCAUGUUGGCCAAGCUUCACCAGAACCAUGCUUCCAACAAGAACUACCUCAAGCCCAAGGCUCAGAUCAACACAACCUUUGGUCUCAACCACUUUGCUGGUGUUGUCUUCUAUACAUCCACAGGGUUUCUUGAGAAGAACCGAGACACGUUCAGUGCCGACCUGAUGCAGCUCAUCCAGACAUCACGCAACAAGUUCCUCACCAAACUGUUCUCCAGUGAUACAUCAAUGGGAACAGACACUCGAAAGCGAGCCCCAACACUAGCUGCCCAGUUCAAGAAGUCUCUUGAUGCUCUCAUGAAGACACUCAGCAGCUGUCAACCAUUCUUUGUACGAUGCAUCAAACCAAAUGAGUUUAAGAAACCUAGUAUGUUUGACAGAGAGUUGUGCUGCAAGCAGCUGCGAUACUCCGGUAUGAUGGAGACGAUCAGAAUCCGGCGAGCUGGCUAUCCCAUUCGACAUGUGUUUAGUGAAUUUGUUGACCGUUACCGUGUAUUGGUGUCAGGCGUGGGUCCGUCCCACAAGGAGGACUGCAUGGCAGCAUCCAAGAAGAUCUGUAAGGAGGUGCUGCAGGGCAAGGACUACCAGCUGGGCAGGACUAAAGUUUUCCUCAAGGAUGCAGAAGAUGUCUUCCUGGAACAGCAGAGAGAGCUGACCCUCACAAAGAAGAUCCUCAUCCUGCAGAAGACGGUCAGGACCUGGCACUGUCGACGCCGCUUCCUCAGGAUGCGCAAGAAUGUGGUGACCAUCCAGUCGGCCUGGAGGACACACUAUCAGCGGCGUAGAUUCUUGCUGAUGAAGCAAGGCUAUCUGAGACUUCAAGCCAUGUGUCGAUCUCGCAUCCUCACCGCCAGGUACAAUGUUCUACGAGGAAUUAUUGUCAACCUACAGCGGUUCUGUCGAGGAUACUUGGUGCGACAAUGGGUCCAGCGGCGCAUGGUGGCAGUGGUGAGGAUACAGGCUGCAUUACGAACGCUUAUUGCGAGGAAGAGAUUCAGACGUAUGCAGAUCGAGUACCAGAAACGGAUGGAGGCUGAGCGGAUCCGACAGGAUGAGGAGGCCAAGCUAAGGAAGAAGAUGAACACAAAGAAGGCCAAAGAGGAGGCAGAGCGACAUCACAUGGAACGCCUGGCCCAGAUUGACCGUGAGGUGGUGGAGGAGGAGGCCCGACAGAAGGAGGAGGCUCUCCACAAGAAGCAGCAGAUUGAGCAGGCCGAGCAGACCAAGGACAUGCCAGUCAACGAGUCACAGCUGGUGGCGGAGUUGUUUGACUUUGUGGACCUCAAGCCAGGAGAUGGCAUGGGAGAUUUCGCUCCUUCCGCCUUCAGGGACCUCGAGGCCCAGCGCAGGAGGGACCUCGACAACCCAGAGAUGGAAGUCGUCAAGAACUUCAGCCCAAUCGACUCCGAUGAUGAGGAUGUGUCGGCCUACCAGUUCCCCAAGUUUGCUACCAUGUACUUCCAGUCCAAUGCCACUGGCAACUACAUCCGUCGGCCCCUUAGACAGCCUCUGCUGCCACUUCUCAAUGAUGGCGACCAACUGGUGAGCCUGAUCUCAUUUUUAAUCAAAUAUAAUUCAAACCUAUGGACACACAUUACCCACAUUUUAGUAACAACACAUAAACAGGCAUUCCAUAUUCAGAUAUACUUAGUAGAAAGUAUAUUCCAUAUUCAGAUAUACUUCAGUAGAAAGUAUAUUCCAUAUUCAGAUAUACUUCAGUAGAAAGUAUAUUCCAUA